AUGAACUUGCCUGAACCUAAACCACGUCUCAUAGUUAAUACAAUGGGUUGGAUACAAGGGCUUGGAUUGACUUUACUGUUGGAGCAGAUACUACUAGUAAGACCAGAGCUAAUUAUUCAGCUUCACUUUGGUGAAUCUUCAAGUAAUCGCACAAACUCUGUAGACCUCAGUGAUAGUGCAUUGAAGACGAUAGAUACCUGGAAUUCGCGGGAUAUAUCCAACGAAAUAUUUACUCAUGAUGUUCUACUUAUAGAAUCUAAAGCAAAAUCAUCCUCUCAUCAUGCAAUAAUUGAUCCACGAUGUCAUCUUGGUCCUCCUGAUCAUCGUGAUCUUACUAUGCUAACCUAUUUUAUGUCCACACUUUCCAAUGCACCUACUAGCCUACCUUCUAGAUUAAUGCAUGAACCUCUUGGACAUCCAGUGGCUCAUGUUCUCGAUUGUAUACCAUAUCAAGUCCCAGUUAUCUGUUCAUCUAAACAACAAGAUAUAUGUGGAAACAACACAGUGGAUGAUCGAGACUGUUCAAUGUUUAACAAUCGCAUUUCUGUUUCUAGUGCUAACCAAAGCGUAUUGCACACAACUCAUUCAUCAUUAUGCAGUGACAAAAAAGAUCAAAUACAGUUGGCUUUUCGAGUAUUGAAACCCAAAUCUAAAAUAUUCAAAGAAGAUUCUUCUCCUUUUCUGUCCAAUGUAGAUGACCUGUUAUCGUGCUUGAACGCUACUUUGGUCGCUCUUUGUGUUGUACCUCAGGAUAUUAUAAAGGAACCAGACUCAACAUGCUUGUAUCGUUGGAUAUCAUGCAAUCCAGUUUGUGAAUGUGUUGGUCUAGCUGUUUGUCGUGCUAUUGAUCCCGUAGCUGGUGUACUUUAUUUAACAACUGGUGUUCCAGAAGAAAAUUUGUUAAAAGUAACAGGAAUCCUUCGUGGUAAUGUAAAUUUACCCAACUGUUUCUUUUUGGAUCAACCCUUCUUCCGGACUAAAAUCGAUAACGAAGCCUGUAUACUCCCAUAUUUGGGUCCAAGCAGUACAAAAGGUAAAGGACGUGUGGGAUUACCUUCCAGACGUUCUUAUCCUAAGACAAUGCACCAUGACAGUCAUCGUAUAGGCACAUCAGAGACCAUUGAAUAACUUCUUUUUUUGUAUCCACGUGCAUAUAAAGAUCCACAUAGUUAUUUUUGAAAUGGAAACUCCUGUCUAUCAUUUUCAACUAAUCUCUUUUGAAAUGAUUUUGUUAACUUAGCGUUUUUUAUAAGAUUAGUUUGUGUGGAUUACUUUUAUAUUUGAUUCUACUUGUAAAUAGAAGUUACAGUCCUCAUGUAGCAGUGGCUUGUUGUGUUUUAUUUCAUCAAUCAAGUCAUAACAAGCAGAACCUUACACGAAAGUAUAUUGGUUCAAGUUGUCACACUUCACAGGACUACACAAAGAACAAGUGGGGACUAAAAAG